CGCCCUCGCCGGUUCCAACACACCGACAAUCCGCGUCGCGUACAUGUUAUGACGUUUCUGGACGCGCGGCCGGACGUUACGACGACGACGUGGAGAGCCGACUUCCCCCCGAGCCACGCAAUUUUUCACGACACCUCGCGCGGACGUUCGCCUACCCGGAUAAGGUGUAGAGGCCUCUAAAACGCAAACAUGGCAGAGAGAGAGAAGGAGAGAGAGAGAACCGCAAUCGUGUUGCUCGUCGAUGGAUCGGAGGAAAUGGAGGCCGUGAUAACUGUUGACGUCUUACGGCGCGCCGGGGUCGCAGUCACCAUAGCCGGGGUAUGGGACGGCAGCUGUGUCAAGUGUAGCCGCAACGUUAAAAUCUGCACGGAUGCUAUGUUCACUGAUGCCGUGGAUAAGAAUUACGAUAUCGUUGUAUUGCCUGGCGGCCUCAACGGAUCCAAGGCGUUCGCGUCUUCGGUGGAGGUUGGCGAGCUGUUGCAAAAGCAGGACAAGGAGAACAAAUUGAUAGCGGCUAUCUGCGCGGCCCCCACAGCUCUAAAAACACAUAAUAUCGGCAAAGGAAAACGAAUCACGUCGUAUCCGUCAUUAAAAAAUGACCUGUGCAACUACUAUGAAUAUUCGGACGAGACUGUAGUGAUUGACGGCAAUCUCAUAACGAGCCGCGGACCAGCGACGGCGUUCGAUUUCAGCCUAGCCAUCGUUGAGACCUUACUCGGCAAGGAGAAAGCCCAAACGGUUGCGAAAGGGUUGCUAUACGAAAACUACAAAAGCUACACAUAAAACUCUCCAAACUCUCGCUUUAUAGCUGUGGCUAUGAAGUUUCCCGGUGUAUAAGUUUGAUGUAUUCGGUGUGUUUGAUUUUAGACAAAGAUUCAUAUACCCUUUAAAAAAAAAAAAAAUAUUCUCUAAACGCACACAUGCAAGAAUGUAGUUAUUAUAUAAAGAAAUUAUAUACAUGUGUAACGUGGAAUUGAAAUUCAUAUAUGUACCAAAGCGUGGGAACUUAAAAUGAUGUGUGUACUAAAAAUAUAUAUUUAAGUACGUACCGAGGGGGAACGCGUAAAGAUUACGGGGUAAUAUAUACACGCGCCGUAAAGUGUGGAGGACAAAUUAUAAUUAAUAUAUACGUAUACCGAGACACGGAGGGCGACAAGAGAUACAAUUUUAAUUAUACGUGAAAAACGUUGAUGCGUGUUAAAUGGAACUAAUAUAUCUAUAAGAAGUGAAUAAAGAAUUGUGUUAUUUUCAUCAA